CAGGGUCAGAGUCUGGGUGGAUGCACGCUAGGAUUAAGGACUGGGCGAAGGAUUUGGACCACUGCGGUGAAUCUCAAGGCUGGUCCGUGAGCUGAACAUACGCACAAAGACCUUGGCAGCUCAGACAAGCUCCAACACCUGAGACGCUUGACAUCUACGUGCACAGAUGAGCAACGUCGCACGGCUUCAUGCGCUCAGCUCCUGCGGUGCUCUGCAUCAAGAUUGGCCGGCGGGGCUUGCUAUGUGCAUCAUCGCUGCUGUGCUACCCAUAUGGCAAUGCCCUACACACCCUUCCAGAUUCCUGCGAUCGAUGAUCCCACCGGGCUGCCUUCGAGGCGAUUCGACAGACGGUGCGAGUUGGAAGGAUAAUGAAGACGAUUGCGGACGGCAACAUAAACAUAGAUCAUGAUUUUAGAGGGCAAUGAGGAGAUCCAAGGCACAGCGUACUCGCAUUUGGACCGUAUUCAACGGAAGAAUGGAUCGGUCUGAAGUGGACAGGGCUGAUAUCGACGCAAUGCUUCCGCAUACGACCCAUAGACUACGCUGCCAAAUGCUCAUUGCGGCUUGCAGCGUCCCGCCGAAUUCGAAGAGGCGUAUCGUGUAAGAUUAUGGGUGAAGAGAGGACAGAAGAGCCAGCAAACUAGACCGGCGGCCGGUCUGAGACUUGCGCAUAUACAAGACGCCCAGCCUUCUUUCAUGCAUAAUGUGCUGCAUAAGCUAGCGCGGUGGCUUUGUCCCAUCGAACCGCACCCGCCCACUUGGGGCACAGCCUGCCGAGGGCUGAGCCGGAGCUGAGCGAUGCGGACUCAGAAUGACUCAUACUCUCUCAUUGUCCCUCAUUCCACGUCUAUUCAUAAGACGAAUGAUGCCUUAGCAGGUACACGUCUUUCUCCUCACACCAAGACCCGGGACAUCGAAUCCCAUCUCCCAGACCCAAAAACACACCUCUCGCGCGGCGUCGGCGUUACAGACGCCGUCACCUUUCCAUCUCAUCAUGGUCGGCGCAGGAGCAAGUGCCGGCUGUAGCAAGCAGCUGCGGUGCCGAUUCAACGUGGAAUCUCGAGCUCGACGAUACUUACUUUGAUUGGGACGCUUUUACGACGUUGACGACAUCGCAACAUUUGGAUUUUCAGACGAAUACGGAUGCUGAUAUGCCAUUGACUGCUGUAAUGGAACCUACGACUUUCCAAAAUCUUAUUAUGGAUGGGAGUGGAGAUUUUUAUGAUCCUUACACUACUACAUCAACGGCGCUGUCUGCUACCAACCCUCGUCCUCCUUCUUCUUCCGAUCCCUCCACACAACAAUCUCCCAACGACGACGACGACUUCAUCCUCUUCCCAUCUCCACCCCACAAUCACACCACAUCCUCCUCCUCCUGCGAUCACUCUCCCCCCAACGCCAAGUCUUCUUCCAACCCCCACCUUUCCCCAUCCUCCUCAUCAAAUACAGGAGCAUCUUCGAACAAAAUCUCUAAACGUCGAAAAAACACCGAGGCCGCGAGACGGUAUCGACAACGGAAAGUCGAUCGUGUUACGGAAUUGGAGGAGGCGCUUGCUGCUGUGCAGAAGGAGAGGGAUGAGUUGAAGUUUAGGCUUGUGAGGUGUGAGGCUGAGGUUGAGGUUUUGAGACGGGUGGGGAUGGGGAAGUGAGGAAAUAAGAAGGGAUGGGAUAGGUUGGGGGGGGGGGGGGUGGUGAGGUGGAAAAUUUAGGGGGGUUUCGAUUUCUUUGUAUGUGUGUGAUGAGAAAUUCAUAUGUAAAUCCCGCCUCUUCAUUUCUCCUAGAACGCAUGUAAUACGGAAGGCUAUCUAACCUGCACGCUCAACAGCUACAUGUCCAGCUACCUAGCUAUGCUAUAUCAAUCAAUACUGAACGAACGUCUCG